UGUAAAGCUUUUCCUGGGGAGAGAGAGAUGGACUGCCGCAAGCAUCAAAUCAGGAUGUUUGUUCACAUCUGGGCGACUCUGCUCUUCUCUGUCAGAAACAGCAACGCUGAUACAGGUGCAUCAGUGCGGGAAAGACAAGUCUGUCAAGGUCCAUACUGUAUCACUCUGACUGAUGGAGCAAUAACAGCCGAGGCUGGUCUCUGUGUUGUGAUACCGUGCUCUUUCACCACUUACUAUUGGUUUACACCCCAACAUAUAGUUUGGUACAAAUGUGAACCAACUAAACAAAAAUGCGGUGAUUCAGACGUAAUCUUCCACACGAAAAAGAACAACAGAAAGGUUCAGCCUGGGUUCACAGGACGAGUCUCACUGUUGGAGCCUGAUGUGACUUUGAAAAACUGCAGCAUCAUCAUCAAUGACCUGAAGGAGUCAGACUCUGGAUUAUAUCAACUCGGAGUUAAUGGUGUCGUGAGUGGACAAGCAGAUGGAUUUACAUACGCUCAAAGAGCAACUGUCUCUGUUCACGGUCUGAGUCAGAAGCCCACAUUGAUGAUUCCUCCGCUGACAGCGGGACAGCAGGCCACACUGACCUGCACUGCUCCUGGUCUCUGCUCUGGAUCUGAUCCUAAAAUCACCUGGACUUGGAGAGGAGCAGGAGAGAUGGACUCUCACAUCACAGGACUCAUCACAGCCAAUCAGGAACAUACCUCAACUUUGACCUUUAAACUGACGGCUGAACACCACAGUAUGGAGGUCACCUGUGAGGUCAGCUUCACAGGAAACACGACUACAGAGGAGACAGUGGUUCUGAAUGUGACCUCAGACGUGCAACACCACGGACCAAGUACAGUUCUUCCCUGGGCCGUUGCUGGUGCAUCUCUCAGUGUGAAUGUCCUCUGCAUUAUCUUCAUAGUGUUCCUGUGGUACGCAAGAAAAACACUGAAACCCAAUCAGGAGGACAGAACUUACAUGUCACUGCAGAAAACAGACAGAUCACCAGAGUAUGAUGUUAUUGCCCGGCCUCGAAAUUAACUAGUCUUUACAGGCUUCUUGGAUGUCUUUCAGACAGAUUAAUUGAAGGAUUUCUUACACUGGAAACUUGUUGUUGAUGCUCCUGUAGCGUCAUUCAGUUUGUUUGAAUGUCUGCAUUACAGGUUUACAAAGAUAGCAUUUCCAUACCCUGUGAGUGCACAUUCAACUGAUCUGUUGAAUCAUACUUCAACGUGUGCUAUUUCAUGAAUAUGACUUUCUAGAGUCCUUUUUUUUUUACAUUUGAUAAACCUUAAUUUAUCCAGAGGAAGGUAACUGAGCAUACAUUCUUUUGCAAGGCCUUUUUCCUAUUCAUACAACACGCACUUUCAGGCACGCACUUUUCAUCUAUUACACUGUAGAAUGCUGAAGUCCUGCAUCUAUUAACAUCUGUUUC